AUGGGACAAAACCAGCAAACACAGUCCCAGGAUGAAGAACUGGAGCUAAUGAGCAUCCAGGACCUCUACAAGUCCUUCAUCAUGGAGUGUCCCAGCGGAUCUUUGUACCUGCACGAGUUCAAGAGGAUGUUUGGGGUCCAGACCGGUACGCCUGAGUCAGAAUACAUGGACAACAUCUUCAGAGCGUUUGACAUGAAUAAUGAUAACACGAUGGACUUCAUAGAGUACGUGGCGGCUCUCAAUCUGGUCCUGCGAGGUAAACUUGAAGACAAGCUGCGCUGGUCUUUCAAAGUGUUCGACGGCGACGACAACGGCCGCCUCGACAGAAGUGAACUACGGAAAAUAGUUAAGAUUAUCUACAAGAUAAAGAGAGGCACCAUACUGGACGAAACGGGAACAGUAACCCUAACUUCAGAGCAAGUGUGCGAGCGAAUCUUUCAAGAGGUCGACGUGAACCAUGACAAUCAGAUCACCCUGGAGGAGUUUGUGGAAGGGGCUCAGAGGAGUCCGUGGCUGCAGGGCUUCCUCAAACUCGAUGUCAACCCUAAUGGAUAUAUCCAGAGGUACAUGUGUGACAGGAAACUGACAGAGAACUCCUGA